CGCCAAUGAGCGGGCGUGUCGGGGCGGAGCGCCCAAGUCCUAGUGGGUUUGGUUGCACGGCGGCUUUGGCGCAUUUUCGGCUGGUUUGAUUCAUCCAUUUUGAAGAGACGGGGGAGCGGGGGGCUCGUCUGAUCCAGGGGCCCUGAACCAAGGAGCGGCGGAGUUUGAGAAGCCAGCAGCUCGGGGUUCGGCGGCAGCGGUCCCAUCGGCCGAAGUUCGGGGGGGGUGGGGCGCCGAGCGCGCGGGGUGGGGGGGGUCCUGGUCUUUGGCUUCUCGACUCGGUCCUGUUUCAACAGCGAACAUGUCGCGGCCUGUCAGAAACAGGAAGGUUGUUGAUUAUUCACAGUUUCAAGAAUCUGAUGAUGCAGAUGAAGAUUAUGGAAGAGAUUCUGGCCCUCCUGCUAAGAAAAUUCGAUCAUCUCCCCGAGAAGCUAAAAAUAAGAGGCGAUCUGGAAAGAAUUCACAGGAAGAUAGUGAGGACUCAGAAGAAAAAGAUGUGAAGACCAAGAAGGAUGAUUCUCACUCAGCAGAGGACAGUGAAGAUGAAAAAGAAGAUCAUAAAAAUGUGCGCCAGCAACGGCAAGCAGCAUCCAAAGCAGCUUCUAAACAGAGAGAGAUGCUCAUGGAGGACGUGGGCAGUGAGGAAGAACAAGAAGAAGAGGAUGAGGCACCAUUCCAGGAGAAUUCCGGCAGCGAUGAAGAUUUCCUAAUGGAAGACGAUGAUGAUAGUGACUAUGGCAGUUCAAAAAAGAAAAACAAAAAGAUGGUGAAGAAGUCAAAACCUGAGAGAAAAGAAAAGAAAAUGCCCAAACCCAGGCUAAAGGCUACAGGUAAGUUCUGCAGAAGUGAAAUUAAAGGUACUGCUUGAAAAUUUUUGAGAACCAAUACUUUCCCUACAGAAUUCUUUAUUAGCCUUGGGAUUGGCCUGAUAUUUAACAGGAAUACAAAAAAUGUAAAAGGAUCCUGUCUUCUACAUCUAGAAGUAUCACUUAUUUAUUAAUAAGCCCUCCAAGAGUCUGGUGGGUUUAGCCCUGUUCUUAAACUACUGCCAUACAUAAGUAAGAUUUGGGAAUGACCUUUUUGUUUCAGGCACAAUGUUGGAAACACCGUAUCAACAUAGCAGUUACUGCCUUUCCCCCACCCCCACUGGUAUCACAGUCCCAGCAGCUAACAAAGACUCGAAACUGUGAAAAUGCACAAACCUACAGUAAUGUAUUUGAAUUCUAUGUUCUGAUCUCUACUCCAUCCUCUGUGCUAUCAGAAUAUAACCACACUUGAUGGCAUGAAUUCAUUUUCUCUGGUUUCUAAUGGGUUCUGCCAGAUAUUCUCCUAGUUGGAACUAAUUUGUUAAUUAAAUCAGAAAUCAGUUUGCCUCUUGGAAAAGUGAUUUUAUUCUGACAAAUAGAACUAGUGAUUUUUAAACUUUU